AUGGAUCAGCGUGGAUUUGUGCGCAAGUCCAUCGUCCGGAUCUCCUUCAAGUGGCCGAAUCCUGACAACAAGGGGAAGAUACUGACUGUCGUCCUCCCUGGCACCAUCGUCUCCAUCAAGGACGACGGAUCCUGCGUCGUGCUCGCGGAUCGCACAUUCUUCCGACGGGAGAACUGCCCUUUCGUGGUGAAUCUGCCGACUUCUGAGGGAUACGAUGCUGUGCCUGUGGCUCCAUCGAUGCAGUUUUUCGUACGUGGCUUCUGUGUGUUGGUUCUUCAGGUGCAACCAAAUGGUUAUCUGCAACCGGUGACAUUUGAGACUGGUCCUGUUCGGCGAGAGGAGGAAGUGUAUGGUUUUCUAUUUCCGCAAGAGGAUUUCUUCACGCCAACAAUGUAUUGUCCAGGAAACGUCAUUGGAGGAGAAAGCCCAUUGGGAAACUGGGUGCAUGAUAUUCCUUUUCAUUCAUUUGGUCGUUUCGGAUCACCUAUAUUCAACCAAAGUGGUCAUCUUGUUGGGAUAUCUUAUCAAAACAUGGACGCAUUGUCUGUGAAGUUCCUACAGUUAGCUGUGUUGAGUGAAGCAGAGAUCAGCAGUGUAUUGGGUAGUGUUUCCUAUGUGCUGAACGGAAACCCAAUACCACCCGAAGUCCCAAUUCUGCCCGAAGGACCGGUCCUCUCCGUCUAG